UAAGAUUGUUUGAAAACUUUUUCAAAUAUUUAAAAAUAAAGAGUGUAUUGUCAUUCAAAUUUAUAUAUAAUAUACAUUGUAGAUAUUUUGGUUAUUUCAUUAGCAAUCUGACAAGUUAAAGGGAAUCAUCAAAAUUUUAUUAAGAAAAGAUAAAGAAGAGAAAUUAUUAAAGAGAUUGUCAAUUUCAAAAAUGGAAAUUGCAAAUUUAACGACAACAUUAAACACCAUUCAAAUAAUUUCCAUCACAACGUACUUACAUAGACUAAGUAGUUUUAUGCAUUUGUCUUAUAAUUUAAAUGUCAAUCUAAAAAAUAAUAAUUUUGCUAUAAUAAAUUCCUUAGUAAACUACAUAAAAAUUUACGGAGAUCAUGAUGAUAAUACAAAUUUUUUAACUCAUUAUUUAUUAAACGACAAUGUUUAUUACGAUGAAACUAUUGAAAAAAAAAUCAAAUACAAUGUAAUAUUCAAGAAAGUUUUAUUCGAUUACAUAAUUCAUAAAGUGAUUUUCAAUGAUUUUGGAAAUGUUUAUGGAUUUUUGGCAGAACAUGUACGAAAAUUAGAAAAUUACCAAUCAAUUGAUAAUCUUCUUAAAUAUGUAAAAUUAACACUAACUUAUAUGAGAUGUGAAACAAAUAAUCAAAAAAUUGCCCUUCAUGAAUUGACAAUAAGAAGAAUAUUUUAUGAAACAAUUGUUCCUCUUUUUCCAAAGGUGAGAAAAAAUUUGUCCCUAAAUUCAAUAGAUUUAAUUUAUGCUCAAGCUGGUUGUCGUUAUGCCUAUUCGUCUUGUCAUCACUAUUAUUAUACAUAUACAUUGGGAAAUGAAUUGAAUGAUGAUGAUGAAAAUGGAUUAUUUGAUAAACAUAUUGAAAUUGUAAUGGCAAUUAAACAAUUAAUUGGUAAUGGAAUUAUUAAUAAAUUGUGGAUUAAAAUUUUUGCACUUCCAGCAAUUUUAAAUUAUGUUCAUGAUAAUAGGGAAACAUUGGAAGAUAUUGAAAUGAAAGUAAUUAUUUCUAAUCGUCAUUAUUGGAUGAAAGCUUAUAGAUAUUUAUUUUCCUAUCUACAAAAUGCGGAUGAACUAAUAAGAAAAACAAAAGCAGUUGAUCCAAAAUAUCAAUACUAUUUGGCUGUAUUAAAUUUUAAAAAUUACACAACAUUAGCAAAAGAAGAAUUAAAAACAAAAUGUUUAAUUACAAAUGAGACACAAUUACAAAAUGAAAUUGACAAAUAUAUCAACAAUACUUCGAAUUAUACAUGUUUAGGUAUAAAAAAUUUGCCACCAUUAACUGAAAUUUAUGAUGAACAAUUCAAUGAUAUUAUGGACAAAUAUUAUCAAUUUCGAAAGGAAAUAAAUAAAGAAACAAAUGUAAUUAAAAAUCGUCGAUUUGAAAUUAAUGGUGAAAUAUUUGUUGAUUGUAAACAAUUAUCAGAGAAAACAGUAAACAAUUUACACUGUUUAUCAUUAUUGUAUUCGUGUAUUGUUGGUUUUAUUGAAGGUAAUCCAAUUAAUUCAAUAAAUAAUUGUCCAAUUAGAGGAGCAAUUCGAAUUAAACAUAAUACAAAAUUUGAUGAUAUUUCACAAGAAAUUACAACAAUUCAAACUCGUAAUGUAUUAUCUAAAUAUGGUACAACUAUAAAAACAUUAGCUGUAAUGUCAUCAUGUCAAAUGAUAGUGAAUGAUAAACAAAUAUUUUCACAAUUGAAUAAAAUUGAUUUAAAAAAUAUCACAUUUUUUGAAUUAGGAAUUCCACAACUAUUGGGAAUUGAUCAUGGAUUAGAAAUUAAUUCUAUGAAAUCUAGUAAUGAUUUGAUUAAAAUUGGAAUUCUAUUAACAAAUAUUAAGAAUAAGUUUUUUUAUUUCAUCUAAAUUAAUAUUAU